AUGUUGGCGGGAAGGGUCCAGCGCCCCUACGCCCCAGCUGGGCCUCGAACGUUCCAGCAGAGGGUUUCAGAUCCCCUGGGGGCUGCGCCCAACGCCAUUAGCACACCUCGGAGCGCUAGCAGCCCAGGAGGAAGGCAAGUUUGGCGGCUGCUGACCGCGGCUCCCGGUUCUCCCGGGCCGCAGCAUCAGCAGCGGCGGUGGCCUCUGCCGCUGGGCGCGGGGGAGCGCAUCCUCCGGGGUGGGAGGAGGGAGGGGACGGAGAGUGGGGGGAAGAUCGUACGCCGAAGAGGAGCGAAGCGAGGUAGCAGGAACGGCGGGGUGCGCUCCUGCGGGAUCCCCAAGUCCAGAUCUGCCCCGAGCAGCCGCCGCCUGGAUGCUCGAGGCCUCGCCCAGGUGCCUGCAGCGGCGCCCACGGUCAGGGCACCGGCCGCACUCCGGGCGGAAGGCGGGGAGCUGCGGUGGCGCGACGCCUGCCCGGUGCCCGCCUCUAGCUCCGCCCGACCCGGGGCGCGCGCUGCGCUCGUCCGCUGCGGCGGGGCCCCGAGAGCUCGGCGGCCCGGCUUAGCGGUUCGGGAGGCAGCCGCGGCAUUUUGCCUGCCCGGUGCGACCUCGGAGCCGCAGGCUGAAGAGCCCGGGGGUGGCGCGAGUCCCCCCAACACCCGGCCCAGCGGCUCCGCCCCAGAGAGCUGCGCGCGCGGCCUCGGCAGGCCUCGGCCCUUUGUGACACUGCCCCGGGCGACUGUCAGGCCAUCUGUAUACCGGGAACCGUCCGCUUACCUGGCCCUAAAUGGCAUGCCUUCUAACUGGCUACGGUCCAGGACCACAGGCCACCAUAAAUUCAGCCUUCUGUCUUUUCCGGCAUUGACUUUGGCAACGGGGCCCACCAUCUCCUUCCUCUCCCGUCCCCUGUUCAACAUCCAGUAAGCUGCCAAAUUGCAAUCAUUAUAGCCAAAGCAAUGAAGCAAUUGGGCGGUCCAGUCGACUCUUGGCUGGAGACUGGAGAGAAGAUCGGUGGGAAGGUUUUUGCAUCAACCCCGGGCCCUGUGCCUGAGAGCUCCCCCUGGUAUUGGAUGCUGCUCCCAUUACAGUCCCGUGACGACCACUGCAAGAUGACUCGGAGGAUCCGGCUGCGAAGAUCACUCUUAAAUACAGCAAGGAAUAUAUAUUUAUAUAUACAUAAUCAGUAACCUGCAGCUGGUCUGAUAAGAUUGGUGUGUCCGAAGCCACCCACACAUACAGCACCCAGGGCCUCCCCUGGUUGCCGCUGCUGUUUGGUGCUACCAGUCUGGAGGGCGGAGCAAAGUACUGAAGAGUAGUGACUUUGGGAUUUCAGCUGCAGGUGAUGUUUUUAUAGUCCUGUAAAUAUGGAAUCAUCUCCUGGUUUGCACUAACAAUCAGUAGAUGUCGGGUUUACAUCUUUAUGAUCUGAGGAGGAGAGACCGCUCCUUUUUCUUUAGACAUCUUUUUGGUAAAUGACUUAGCCUUUAGCAAGGGGGAAAAUUGUUCCUAAAAUAUAAAAAGAUGAUUCUCUUUGGAUCAAAAGAAAAACAUGUCUUGGGGUCUCCACAAGUUUAUUGGUGGUCUCACAGUUCUUUGAUAACAUGCUUUUAUAAUUUUAAAGUCUAAGCUUAAUUUUAAAAAGUUUGAGAAC